UCUGAGUUUACUGUCACGGUAACUUAUCAAGCAAGAUCUGAGCGAACUUUCAGGUUUGGCACCCCGGAGGCUGCUGCUCCUUAGCUUGAAAGGUUUUCCUGGUGAUGGACCCCUACAUGAUUCAGAUGAAUGGCAACAACCACGUCCCCUCAGUGCUGGAUGUGCAUGUCAACAUUGGUGGGAAAAGCUCCAUGCCGGGCAAGAUGAAAGGCAGGAGGACCAGGUGGUCUGUGAGACCCUCAGAUAUGUCCAACAAAACUUUCAAUCCCAUCCGGGCCAUUGUGGACAGCAUGAAGGUGAAGCCGAAUCCAAGCAAAGCUAUGAUUUCCCUCUCAAUCGGAGAUCCUACUGUGUUUGGAAACCUGCCUACCGACCCUGAAGUUACCCAAGCAAUGAAAGAUGCCCUGGAUUCAGGGAAAUACAAUGGCUAUGCUCCAUCCAUUGGCUACCUGUCCAGUCGGGAGGAGGUAGCUUCUUAUUACCACUGUCCAGAGGCCCCCCUGGACGCUCAGGAUGUCAUUCUGACAAGUGGCUGUAGUCAGGCUAUUGAGCUUUGUUUAGCUGUGUUGGCCAAUCCAGGGCAAAACAUCCUAGUGCCAAGACCUGGUUUCUCUCUAUACAGGACUUUGGCUGAAUCUAUGGGAAUUGAAGUCAAACUCUAUAAUUUAUUGCCAGAGAAGUCUUGGGAAAUUGACCUGAAACACCUGGAAUCUCUGAUUGAUGAAAAGACUGCUUGUCUUAUUGUCAAUAAUCCAUCAAAUCCCUGUGGGUCAGUGUUCCGUAAAAGCCAUCUGCAGAAGAUCCUGGCAGUGGCUGCGAGGCAAUGUGUCCCCAUCUUGGCUGAUGAGAUCUAUGGUGACAUGGUGUUUUCAGGGUGCAAAUAUGAACCGCUGGCCACCCUCAGCACAGAUGUCCCCAUCCUGUCCUGUGGAGGGCUGGCCAAGCGCUGGCUGGUUCCUGGCUGGAGGUUGGGCUGGAUCCUCAUCCAUGACAGAAAAGACAUUUUUGGCAAUGAGAUUCGAGAUGGACUGGUGAAACUGAGUCAGAGAAUCUUGGGACCCUGCACCAUUGUCCAGGGAGCUCUAAAAAGCAUCCUGCAUCGCACCCCUCAGGAGUUCUACCACAACACUCUAAGCUUCCUCAAGUCCAAUGCUGAUCUCUGCUAUGGGGCAUUGGCUGCCAUCCCUGGACUCCGGCCAGUCCGUCCUUCUGGGGCCAUGUACCUCAUGGUUGGAAUUGAGAUGGAAUAUUUCCCAGAGUUUGAGAAUGAUGUGGACUUCACAGAGCGGUUAGUUGCUGAGCAGUCUGUCCACUGCCUGCCAGCCACGUGCUUCGAGUACCCCAAUUUCUUCCGAGUGGUAAUCACGGUCCCCGAGGUGAUGAUGCUGGAAGCUUGUAGCCGGAUCCAGGAGUUCUGUGAGCAGCACUACCACUGUGCUGAAGGGAGCCAGGAGGAGUGUGACAAGUAGGCCCUCAGCCCUUCUCCUGCGAUUGCGUCUGAGCUGAGGAGGGCUGCGCACCAGCGGAAGCCAGGGGCCCAUACUGGGAGAAAGGCCUGAUGAGCACCAUGGCAAGGCUUCAGGAUUGCUCCUGCUUUUCCCCAGUUACACUGACACAUGCACACAUACAUACACACACACUCUGAAUCCCAGAUUCUCCUCUCACUCUGCCAGAGCGACCCACAAAUUCACUAAUCCGCUCCCCCUCCCCAUAUGACUUCCUGCAUAUUCCCAGAGAGUACCAGGUGAACAGAGAGCAGCGGAGACCUGAACAAGCAGAGCUCAGGAUGGGAGAAACCAAAGAUUGCAGGAAUGCGUGCCUCCACCCAUUUCCUUAAGAAUGAAGCCUGUGUCACUUCCGUUUUGCCUCACUUUAUGCAAUCAAGUUGCAUCUGGAAAGUUGGGGACAUGUGUCUUUGUUUAAUUAUACUCAAAACACAUUAAGAAACGCCAUUAAGGACCCUUCACAGAAACCAUUCCACUGAUUUUUUUUUUGGUAAAUAAUCAUUUUAUGAUACAAAUAAACAUCCUUUAAUUGACUGACUCCCUAAAGUUAGAUUUUUGUGUGCAUCAGGCCUCCAUAAAAUGAGAACAUGCAUUCCAGAGAGAGGAGGAACCAUAGAACCUUCCAGAAAUACUGCUUUGUAAGGACCAGAAAUAUCCUCACUUGUCAUUUUUAUAGAAUUACUUUUGCUAUAAUGUUAAUAUUGAUUUAUUAAUAUAUGUUGUAUUAUCUUUUCAUAUGUUUUCUAAGAAACAUUUAUAUUAAUAAGAUCCGUUAUUUUGCCAAGGGGCUAAAUUAUUGUUUUUUUUUUUUUUAAAUAAAUUUACCAAAUAUA